AAGGGCUCACAAGGAGCCGGUUUGGGUUUGGGUUCUUGGGGCGUCUCAGCCUCCCGCUGUGUUGAUAAACCCGAAAGAGCGACCUGAGGCUGCUGUCUGAGUGUCAGGAACAGAAACCAGCCGGGACCAACCCAGCCGGUCGGACUGCCCCCUCCAUGCGCCGAAGGAAGCUGCUAGCAGCAUUCCUGGGAUUGGAAUCAUCUGCGGAGCACCAGGCACGGGGAGACGAGCAGCAGCCGGGUCCGAGAGCCCAGGGGAGGGCCGUGGCGUCCCCACCGCACUGCCUGCAGCAGCUGGACGGAGCGAUGGGGAUGGACGGACAGAUGGACAGGCUGUAGGACUGGGAGAGCUGCAGGGAGGCCCUCCAGGUCACACUCAACGAUGUCGCUGUCUGCGCGGCCGCAGCGCCGAGUCCUCGUCGCCAAGAUCAAUAGGAGCCAGUCGUUCGCCGGGGUGAACUCGACAGCAGAGCGGCCCUUCAGCAGGAACCUCUCACCCUUCACACCCACCGUCUCCCGCAAGACUGGCUCCAGGGUCAGUAGGAUGUUCUCAAUGUCCCACAAAUCCCCACCACCCAAGGUGCCUCAGCCCAAUCGCCUAGAUGAGGUGUACGAAGCGCUCAAGAAAGGUCUGACGGCCUACCUGGAGGUCCACCAGUUGGAACUGGAGAAGCUCAGCACCCAGAUCCGUGAGUCCAAGAGGAAUUCGCGCCUGGGCUUUCUCUACGAUCUGGAUAAGCAAGUGAAGUCAAUCGAGCGCUUCCUGCGUCGCCUGGAGUUUCAUGCUAGCAAGAUCGACGAGCUGUAUGAAGCCUACUGCAUCCAGCGGCGGCUCCGUGACGGGGCCCACAACAUGGUCAAAGCCUACAGCACGGGCUCACCGGGCAGCCGAGAGGCACGUGAGAGCCUGGCUGAGGCCAGCAAGGGCUACAAGGAGUACACGGAGAACAUGUGCCUGCUGGAGAGUGAGCUGGAGAGCCAGCUGGGAGAGUUCCAUGUUCGGAUGAAAGGGCUGGCAGGUUUCGCCCGGCUCUGCGCUGGUGAUCAGUAUGAGAUCUUCAUGAAGUACGGCCGGCAGCGGUGGAAGCUGCGGGGACGCAUCGAGGUGAACAGCAAGCAGGUGUGGGACAGCGAGGAGAUGGUUUUCUUGCCUCUCAUCACCGAGUUCCUCUCCAUCAAGGUGACGGAGUUAAAGAGCCUGGCCAACCACGUGGUGGUGGGCAACGUGUCCUGUGAGACCAAGGACCUCUUUGCAGCUCUCCCCCAGGUAGUGGCGGUGGAUAUCAACGACUUGGGUACCCUCAAACUCAGCCUGGAGGUGACCUGGAACCCCUUCGACAAGGAUGACCAGCCCUCGGCAGCCAGCACCGUCAACAAGGCCUCCACGGUGAACAAGCGCUUCUCCACCUAUAACCAGAGCCCACCUGAUACGCCGUCCCUGCGGGAGCAGGCUUUCUAUAGCCCAUUGCGGGCAGCCGACAAGCACGGCUGGUCCUUGUUGGACAUCUUUCGGGAGACACUCUUCGAGAAGCUGUCUCGGAGCUGCUCUUGCGGCGACGUCUCCUCGGUCGAGCUUGGGAGAUGGCCGCAGCCAGGCCGCAACAUGCUGCGGCGUCAGGAGGAGCUGGAGAACGGCACAGCUUGGUCCAUCUCCUCCGAGUCGUCAGAUGACUCCUCCAGCCCCCAGUUGUCCAGCAGCACUCGUCACGCCGCCCACAAGCCCAUCGUGCAGCCCGAGGUGCAGGCCUCGGCCCCUGCCAUCGAGAUCUCCUUCUCACAGCAGCAGGAGGAGACUGGGGCUGGCGGUGGCAUCCCCAUUGGGACAGACCUGCCUGAGCCCCCAGAGGAGCAGGAUGGCUGCAAGAAGGACGCUGUGGCCAACGGGCAUGUGCCCUACACCCGGACUCUCAGCCACAUCAGUGAAGCCAGCGUGGAUGCGAGCAUGGAGGCCAAGGCUAUGGAGGGCCCAUGGGAGCCCUCUCCCAGCCUGGAGGAACACGAUGCGUGCAAGCUGGACGAUGACUCCCUCCCUGGUGCCUCGAAUUCGGUGCCAGAGACCUGGGCAGGGAAGGACAGUGGCCCUGAGGCCAAGCCACGUGCCAUGGUGGCAUGGGCUGAAACCCAUGAGGUGGAGGCUGAGCCAGUAGCAAGCCCAGCACCAGUGCAGGACGUUUGUGGAACUGAAGCCCCCACGCCAGCCGUGGUGUUGGCACAGGCCCCCGCAGAGGAGGGGCCCGUCCCAGCCCCACACCUGGUCACCAGCCCCCCAGCGGUCCCACGGGUGAAGGCUGUGGACUCAGGGCUGGAAGAGGCCAUCAGCCUCCUGGCCUCGGCCCUGGAUGACUAUCGGGGACAGUUUCCAGAGCUGCAGCCCCUGGAACGGGAACUCAAACAUCUGGAGGAGAUCCUGCUGCACAAGCAGGGUGUGUUUCUCAGCCGUGCCUCCAGCAUCAGCCUCACAGUGGAGCACGCUCUGGAGAGCUUCAGCUUCCUCAACACCUCUGACAUGGAGGACUCGGAGGGCUCAGAGGAAGAGGCUCUGCAGGAUGAGAGGAGGGCCAGCAGAGCGCGGCGUGGAAGCAGGGCUCCCAGUGCUGGUGAGGUGGGAGCAGAUGAUACUGGAACGUGCAGUGGCUCCGAGGGCAGCGCAGACCCCAUGAGCACCAGCAAUGAGUUCCUGGAUAAGGCCCUGGUGCUCCACCUCCACAACUGCAACCGCCUGCUGCUGAACCUGGGCACCUUUGGGCCUCUGAGGUGCCGGGAGAUGUUUGCCCUGGACAGGCUGCUGCGGGAGGCACAGGUGCUGGAGAUCGUGUGCCAACUGAUGGAGGAGCGGUUGGAAGCAGCGGGCUCUGCUGCCGGAGUGGUGCAGUUCUCAACGCGGAAAGAAGGGGUGCUGCCCCUUUGGGACCACUGUGUGGAGCUGCCCAACAUCUACACCUGCCCCGUGGAGCGGUUCCUGCAGGUGCUCAGUGCGCAGUACGCAGCACCCAUCAGCGAGCGGCACCCGGGACUGGCUGAUGCGGUAUGUGUGAAGCUGGUGGAAGAUGUGCUGAAUCGGCGGCUGCCACGACGACCCGGUGGCACCCAGGGUGAGCAGGUCACCAUCUUCCAGUAUUGGAGCCACUUUGAGUCCCUCGGCGCCCUGGUGCUCGACACCUACGUGAUGGAGCUGGCAGAGGAAGUGCUGCUGGCACAGAACCUCAACUCAGACGACCAGGACGUGGUGCUGCGGGCACUGAAGCGUGUGCCUGAGGGCCGCCUGAAGAAGGAAGGGCUGAAGGCGCUCAGCUUGCUGCUCGUGGAAGGAAACAGCAAGGUGGUGAGCGCCGUGUCGGCGCAGCUCCGCAGCCUGGCGGAAAACCCCCGCUUCCGCCAGCGGGCCCUCGUGUGUUUCCUGGGACAGCUGGAGGAUGAGGAGGUGCAGACACGCGUGGCUGGCUGCGUGGCGCUGGGCUGCCUCAAGGCCAAGGAGAGCAUUGAGCAGCUGGUCUACCUGUGCCAAACAGACAAGGAGCCUGUGCGGGAGGCAGCCAAGCAGAGCCUGAUGCUGUGUGGGGAAGAUGGCAAGUCAGCGCACCGGCGACUGGAGGAGACCCUGGACAGCCUCCCACGGAUCUUCGCCCCAGCCAGCAUGGCCAGCACGGCUUUCUGAGAUGCCACGCAGAGCCACCCGCCAUCCCUCGAGGACAAGGGCACUGCUGGGCUGCGCUUGGGCUCGCAAAGGCUGGGCCCAGCCGACGGCCCUGCCCACAGCAGCACUUGGGCACCACCCCCGCCGGCAGCUCGCCGCGGCCGCACACUGCCUUACGGAGCACCGCUUCCCCUGCCCCGAACACCAGCCGUGCGGGGGGCACACACGCACCCCUGGGCGAGGAGGGGCUCGCUGCACACCCCACCCUUCGACUGCUAUUGAAAACACACAGGGAACCUUCGUGCUACAGCUGCUGAUCGGAGCGGCAGGGAGACGCACCGGAUUCCUCUCUGCCUCUUGCCUUCCCGUCGCUCGGGGCCGCGUGCCCUUUCCUGGAAGGACUCACACUGUGGAAACGAUGCUGUUUCUUUCCAGAAGUCGCUUGGGCUGGGAGGGAACCGCUGCCCUUUUUGCCGCCUGGAAGUCCACAGGACUUAAAUAAAAUGAGAUAUGAGAUAUAUUAAUAUAUUCUGCUGGCGUUUCUUCUUUCCAGCUCUGCAUGCUCCUGUCCCUCCCCAGCGGUGGAACCCAGCCCAGAGCCCUUCCCUCUGCUGGGGAGGGCAGGGCAGGAGGAGCGACAGAGGGACGGACAGACGGAGGACGCUGCCACCUUUUCCUUUCGUUCCUGUUUGUUUUAUUUUAUUUUUUAUUUACGAUUUUUUUUUUUUCAGAAAAAAAAGCAACAAAUUCUUUUCUAUAAUGUCUCUAUAGAUCUAUAUAUAAUGUAAUUACAGAGAAUGACUAAUUUUGAUUUUAAACCAGAAAUAAAAGCAAACCUUUACUGA